AUGGAGGACCCAUACCGUGUCUAUCUCUUCGGAGAUCAGACAGGUGAUUUUGAGGUCGGUCUCCGUCGUCUGCUACAGGCAAAGAAUCACUCUCUCCUUUCGAGCUUUCUCCAGAGAAGCUACCAUGCAGUGCGGCAAGAGAUCUCUCAUCUUCCGCCCUCUGAGCGCAGCACAUUUCCUCGAUUCACAAGCAUUGGUGAUCUACUAGCACGGCACUGUGAAUCUCCGGGAAACCCUGCGAUCGAGAGCGUGUUGACAUGCAUAUAUCAAUUGGGAUGUUUUAUCAAUUACUAUGGUGACCUUGGUCAUACAUUCCCUUCGCACUCCCAGAGCCAACUCGUUGGGUUGUGUACAGGUUUGCUCAGCUGUGCCGCGGUCAGCUGUGCAAGUAACAUUGGCGAAUUACUCAAACCAGCUGUUGAAGUGGUUGUUGUAGCCCUCCGGUUGGGACUCUGUGUUUACCGAGUGCGAAAACUGUUUGGUCAAGAUCAAGCAGCGCCACUCAGCUGGUCAGCUCUUGUGUCCGGUUUGAGUGAAUCCGAAGGAACGAGCUUGAUAGACAAAUUUACCCGCCGAAAUGUUAUCCCUCCUUCGUCUCGGCCGUACAUUAGCGCAGUAUGCGCAAACACGUUGACCAUUAGUGGUCCCCCGGUUGUUCUCAACCAGUUUCUGGAUACUUUCAUUUCAGGAAAGAAUAAAGCUGUUAUGGUGCCAAUCCACGGCCCGUUUCAUGCCUCUCAUCUAUAUGAGAAGCGGGACGUGGAGUGGAUUCUUAAGUCCUGCAACGUUGAAACAAUCCGCAACCAUAAGCCCCGUAUUCCGGUUCUGUCAAGCAAUACUGGGGAGCUCAUCGUUGUUGAAAAUAUGGAAGGUUUUCUCAAAAUUGCUUUAGAAGAGAUUCUGCUUCGCCAAAUGUCUUGGGAUAAGGUGACAGAUUCAUGCAUAUCGAUUUUGAAGUCAGUCGGCGAUAACAAACCCAAGAAGUUGCUUCCAAUCUCAUCUACGGCUACGCAAAGUUUAUUCAACUCACUCAAGAAAUCAAACCUAGUGAAUAUCGAAGUGGAUGGAGGAAUUAGCGACUUCGCGGCAGAAACUCAACUUGUCAACCAGACAGGCAGGGCUGAACUUUCAAAGAUAGCCAUUAUUGGGAUGUCGGGUCGGUUUCCUGAAGCUGAUAGUCCACAGGACUUUUGGAACCUCCUAUACAAAGGCCUUGACGUGCAUCGAAAAGUCCCUGAAGACAGGUGGGAUGCUGAUGCGCACGUUGACCUCACCGGCACAGCAACGAAUACAAGCAAGGUCCCUUACGGAUGCUGGAUUCGGGAGCCUGGCUUAUUCGAUCCUCGCUUCUUCAACAUGUCACCCCGUGAAGCACUUCAAGCAGAUCCUGCUCAACGGCUUGCAUUGCUCACAGCGUAUGAGGCAUUGGAAGGGGCUGGAUUUGUUCCAGAUAGUACGCCAUCGACGCAAAGGGAUAGAGUUGGUAUCUUCUACGGGAUGACCAGUGAUGACUACAGAGAGGUCAACAGUGGUCAGGAUAUCGAUACCUACUUUAUUCCAGGGGGCAACCGUGCUUUUACUCCCGGCCGGAUCAACUAUUACUUCAAAUUCAGCGGGCCCAGUGUGAGUGUUGAUACAGCUUGCUCUUCUAGCCUCGCGGCUAUCCACUUGGCCUGCAAUUCCAUUUGGAGAAAUGACUGUGACACGGCUAUUACUGGUGGUGUAAACAUCCUGACCAACCCAGACAACCAUGCUGGUCUGGACCGUGGCCAUUUCCUUUCCAGAACCGGAAACUGCAACACGUUCGAUGACGGAGCCGAUGGAUAUUGCAGAGCAGAUGGUGUUGGCACUGUCGUUCUGAAGCGGCUUGAAGAUGCUUUGGCAGAUAAUGAUCCAAUUCUUGGUGUCAUUAACGGCGCAUAUACGAACCACUCAGCAGAGGCAGUCUCAAUCACCCGUCCCCAUGUCGGCGCACAAGCAUUUAUCUUUAAGAAGUUGCUAAAUGAAGCAAACGUUGACCCCAAGAACAUAAGCUACAUCGAGAUGCAUGGAACUGGUACCCAGGCUGGGGAUGCGGUGGAAAUGCAAUCGGUCUUGGAUGUCUUUGCACCAGACCACAGACGCGGGCCAGGACAGUCCCUACAUCUUGGCUCUGCAAAAUCAAAUAUAGGUCACGGUGAAUCAGCGUCAGGUGUGACUUCUCUAGUCAAGGUGCUGCUGAUGAUGAAGGAAAACAUGAUACCUCCGCAUUGUGGCAUCAAGACGAAGAUCAAUCAUAAUUUCCCAACUGACCUGGCGCAAAGGAAUGUCCAUAUCGCACUGCAGCCCACAGCUUGGAAUCGACCUUCAUUUGGCAAACGCCAGAUAUUCUUGAACAAUUUUUCCGCAGCCGGUGGAAAUACCGCGCUUUUGCUGGAAGAUGGGCCCGUUUCUGAUCCGGAAGGGGAGGACAAACGGCGAACGCACGUUAUCACGCUUUCUGCUCGAUCUCAAACCGCUCUUCAAAACAAUAUCGACGCACUGUGUCAGUACAUCAGUGAGCAAGAAAAGACAUUCGGUGUCAAGGACAGCAAUGCCCUGCCGAGUUUGGCGUAUACUACGACCGCACGCCGCAUUCACCACCCUUUCCGAGUCACUGCUAUUGGGUCUAGCUUUCAGGAAAUGCGCGAUUCUCUAAUUGCGAGCUCCCGAAAGGAAUUUGUCGCGGUGCCUGCAAAGACCCCUGGUAUCGGGUUCCUCUUUACUGGCCAGGGUGCCCAAUAUGCAGCCAUGGGCAAACAAUUGUAUGAGGACUGUUCACACUUUCGAUCCGCCAUAGAGCACUUGGAUUGCAUCAGCCAAGGCCAGGAUCUUCCAUCAAUUCUUCCUCUUGUUGAUGGCAGCUUGCCUUUGAGCGAACUGAGUCCUGUUGUUGUACAACUGGGGACUACAUGCGUGCAGAUGGCUUUGUCCAGUUUUUGGGCAUCAUUAGGAAUAACGCCAUCCUUCGUUCUUGGGCAUAGUCUUGGGGACUUUGCUGCUAUGAACGCUGCCGGAGUUCUAUCGACCAGUGAUACCAUCUAUGCUUGUGGUCGUCGUGCCCAGCUCCUCACAGAGCGAUGCCAACCGGGAACACAUGCCAUGCUGGCCAUUAAAGCCCCACUAGUCGAGGUCAAACAGCUCUUGAACGAGAAGGUUCAUGAUAUGGCAUGUAUUAAUUCGCCUUCAGAAACCGUCAUUAGCGGUCCUAAGUCUAGCAUUGAUGAGCUCUCCCGGGCCUGCUCAGAGAAAGGACUGAAAUCAACUAUUCUGACAGUGCCCUACGCUUUCCAUUCUGCCCAGGUUGAACCUAUUUUGGAAGACCUUGAGAAGGCUCUGCAGGGAAUCACCUUCAACAAACCGUCCGUGCCGUUUGUUUCAGCGUUGCUCGGGGAAGUAAUUACGGAAGCGGGCUCUAACAUCCUAAACGCUGAAUACCUGGUAAGACACUGCCGGGAAACUGUCAAUUUUCUGAGUGCGUUUGAAGCAGUGAGAAAUGCAAAGCUCGGUGGUGAUCAGACUCUCUGGCUCGAGGUCGGCCCGCAUACGGUUUGUUCCGGAAUGGUCAAGGCCACGCUUGGACCACAAACAACCACCAUGGCGUCUCUCCGCCGCGACGAGGACACAUGGAAAGUCCUUUCCAAUAGCCUGUCAAGUCUUUAUUUGGCGGGCGUUGACAUCAACUGGAAGCAAUAUCAUCAGGACUUCUCCUCCAGCCACAGAGUACUUCCGCUACCAACCUACAAGUGGGAUUUGAAGAAUUACUGGAUUCCCUACAGGAACAACUUCUGUCUCACCAAGGGCUCUUCUAUGUCUGCCGCGAGCGCGUCUCUACAGCCGACUUUCCUGACAACGUCUGCCCAGAGAGUCGUUGAGAGCCGUGACGAUGGAUUAACGGCAACCGUAGUAGUGCACAAUGACAUAGCCGACCCGGACUUGAAUCGAGUUAUCCAGGGCCACAAGGUCAAUGGAGCUGCACUCUGUCCUUCAUCUCUUUAUGCAGAUAGUGCUCAAACCCUUGCAGAAUACCUCAUUGAAAAGUACAAGCCAGAGCUCAAAGGCUCAGGUUUGGACGUAUGCAAUGUAACGGUUCCCAAACCUCUUAUUGCAAAAACUGGAAAGGAGCAAUUCAGAAUUUCGGCGACUGCCAAUUGGGUGGACAAACACGUAUCUGUGCAAGUCUUCUCCGUUACCGCGGAGGGCAAAAAGCUCAUCGACCACGCGCACUGCGAAGUCAAACUUUUCGACUGCAUGGCCGCUGAUCUUGAAUGGAAGAGAGGUUCGUAUCUGGUCAAGCGAAGCAUUGAGCUUCUCGAAAAUAGUGCUGUGAAAGGAGAUGCCCAUCGCCUGCGGAGAGGAAUGGUCUAUAAACUCUUCAGCGCUUUGGUCGACUACGAUGAAAACUACCAAUCUAUCCGUGAAGUUAUCCUUGAUAGUGAGCAUCACGAGGCGACGGCUCUGGUCAAGUUCCAGGCACCGCAAGCCAACUUUCACCGUAACCCAUACUGGAUCGACAGUUUUGGGCAUUUGUCUGGCUUCAUAAUGAAUGCUAGCGAUGGAACAGACUCCAAAAGUCAAGUCUUCGUUAAUCAUGGAUGGGACUCCAUGCGGUGCUUGAAGAAGUUCUCAGCAGAUGUCACCUACCGUACCUAUGUCAGGAUGCAACCUUGGCGCGACUCGAUCUGGGCAGGAAAUGUCUACAUAUUCGAGGGUGAUGAUAUUAUCGCAGUAUUUGGCGGUGUUAAGUUCCAAGCCCUAUCGCGCAAGAUCCUCGACAUUGCUCUUCCGCCAGCAGGACUGUCGAAGGCGCAGACCUCGCCAAUCCAGUCCUCAGCUCCCCAGAAGCCGAUUGAAACUGCAAAACCCACCUCGCGGCCAGCCCCUCCGGUGACAAUGAAAUCAUUCGUCAAGAAGUCCGCUGGCCCAAGUGUGGUAGUGCGAGCGCUCAAUAUCCUAGCAUCAGAAGUAGGACUCUCAGAAUCCGACAUGUCUGACGAUCUGGUGUUUGCAGACUAUGGUGUCGAUUCCCUUCUUUCCUUGACAGUAACUGGCAAGUAUCGAGAGGAGCUGAACCUAGACAUGGAUUCUUCAGUUUUCAUUGAGCAUCCAACGGUCGGCGACUUCAAGCGCUUUGUGACUCAACUCAGUCCGUCAGUAGCUAGUGAUUCGUCGUCGACUGACCGUGAGUCUGAGUAUUCAUUCAAUGGUGACAGCUGUUCCGGGCUAUCAAGUCCAGCAUCGCCUGGCACCGUAUCGCCACCAAAUGAGAAGGUUAUCCAAAUUCAUGAGAACGGCACUAUGAAAGAGAUUCGCGCCAUUAUAGCCGACGAAAUUGGUGUCUCGGCAGACGAAAUCAAGAGCGAUGAAAACCUAAAUGAAUUGGGAAUGGACUCGCUUCUCUCACUUACAGUCCUAGGCAAAAUCCGCGAGUCACUGGACAUGGACCUGCCGGGAGAGUUCUUCAUCGAGAACCAGACCCUGGACCAGAUUGAGACUGCGCUGGACCUGAAGCCCAAAGCUGUCCCGACCGCUGUCCCACAAUCGCAGCCCAUAACCCUACCACAAUCACAAUCAACGAAACAGCUUUCCACGCGACCUACCAGCAGCAGCGACAACCAUCCCCCGGCAACCUCCAUUCUCCUCCAAGGAAACCCGCGCACAGCGUCAAAGACCCUCUUUCUCUUCCCCGACGGUUCUGGCUCCGCAACCUCCUACGCCACAAUACCCGGAGUCUCCCCAAACGUUGCCGUUUAUGGCCUCAACUGCCCCUACAUGAAAGCCCCCGAAAAGCUCACCUGCAGCCUCGAUUCGCUGACAACGCCGUAUCUCGCCGAGAUUCGCCGCCGCCAACCAACCGGCCCGUACAACCUUGGCGGCUGGUCCGCAGGCGGGAUCUGCGCAUACGACGCGGCACGCAAGCUCGUACUGCAGCAGGGCGAAAUAGUCGAGACCCUUCUUCUUCUCGACACCCCCUUCCCCAUUGGCCUUGAGAAACUCCCGCCCCGCCUGUACAGCUUCUUCAACUCGAUCGGCCUCUUUGGCGAAGGCAAGGCCGCGCCGCCGGCUUGGCUACUUCCCCAUUUUUUGGCGUUCAUUGACUCCCUCGACGCGUACAAGGCCGUGCCUCUUCCCUUCAACGAACAGGAAUGGAAGGGAAAGCUGCCAAAAACGUACCUUGUUUGGGCUAAGGAUGGGGUCUGCCCUAAGCCUGGUGAUCCGUGGCCUGAGCCUGCGGAGGACGGGAGCAAGGAUCCACGCGAGAUGGUUUGGUUACUUUCUAACCGGACGGAUCUGGGUCCGAAUGGAUGGGAUACGCUUGUGGGCAAGGAAAAUAUUGGCGGUAUUACAGUGAUUCAUGACGCGAAUCACUUUACUAUGACAAAGGGCGAAAAGGCAAAGGAGCUUGCUACUUUCAUGAAGAAUGCGUUGGGGGUUUGUGAGCGCCGGUUGGUCUGAUAAUGUCAAUUUGUUUGCUUUGGUUUUGGCUUAGGUUUUGAUCCAUUAAUGCUAUUCUAUUGUUGCUCAUAAGGUUUUACUUUCCCGUUUCAUCUUGUACUCUAAACAUAAAGGGUAAACAAUAAUAAUCCUCUGGUUCUAAUA